UCUCUUUUUUAUCACCCCCAGAAAUUCUCUUUUUUAUCACCCCCAGAAAUUCUCUUUUUUAUCACCCCCAGAAAUUCUCUUUGCCCCUCACUUGAAGCAUCCCCGGCUCUGGGGGUGAGAGGGGAUUAAAGGAGGAGAAUCGAGCCCAAAUCCGGGAAAAAAAUUCACUUUUUUCCCUCACCCAGGAUGGUGGGGAGCACCUUCCCCUCCACCCGACAUUUACGAGGCCACCGGAACCGCUGGCAAUAAAUGGAUUUAUCCUCACAACUUUUGAGCAAGAAGGAAUAAAAAGAACACCCCGAAAUCUCAGAUUUUUUGGGGAAAAACGUGGAAAAAAAAUAAGAGAGGCGAGGGUGGCGUUGGACACGCAGCGUGCGUCCCUCGAGGUCCCUUUUUUUUGUUUUUUUCCCUUUUUUUUCCUCUUCCCCGGGCAAUAAAGGCGAGGCUAUAAAAAUCAAAGCGAGCCAAUGUAAGUUUUAUGAAACUCCGGGAGCAUCACGAGUUUGAGGCGUUCCUAACAAAGCCCGGCUCGGUGGCGCUCUGCCUUUUACGGGCCUCGUAAAGUUCGGGGAAAGCUCCUGAAUUUCGGCCUCGUGGAGGGGGAAUCCUCCCAGCAGGGAUAUUUUUAAUUUUUUAAAUAUAUUUAUAGGGAUAUACUCCAGCACUGAGCCCGCUGGGUGCGCCCAGGGGUGGUUUUGACCGGUCAAAAAUUCAAUUUUUUAAAAAUUUUCCUCUUUCCCCGAGUUAUUUCGGCGUGUGAAGCAUCCCCCGCUCCCCAUCCCGGACGGUGAAUUAUUUAUAUCGCGAUAAUUAUUAAUAUCAGAGCGCUCGCUGCCCUCUGGCUAAGCAGGGCGGGGGUUUUUCCUUCCCAACCCGCGGAUUUUGGGGAUUUUUGGGCGUUUUUCGGUCGCUGUGUGGAACUCGCGGCCGGGAGAGGGGUGGGGGCUGUUUUUGUGUUUAUUCCGGGUUUUUUUUUCCCUGUGGUUCUCUGGAGCCCGAGUGGUAAAAAAAUCGCUUUUAUCCUAUUCCCCCGUGCUCGUUAUUAAAGGCAGAGCCAGCGCAUCAACAUCUUCCUUUAACAGAAAAAAAAAUUAAAAAAUAUUAAAAAAUUUAAAAAUCCCACCCCCAUCCCUCCCCGCGAUAUUCCAGCAGCAAAUCCUGGAGUCUGGAGGGAGGAAAAAAAAAGCGGAAAUAUCGGAAUAUCCGCCCGAGCCGUGUGCGCAGUUUGGUUUUUUUAAAUAUUUUAUUUUUUAUUUUUUUUCCCCGCAACUCCUGACUUUUUUUUUUCUUCGCAACAUCGCAUAAACAUAAACCAAUCCAUCCUUGAUAUGGAAUGCAAGGGCGGAUGACAGCGCAGCGCAGCCCCCUCGGCCGCGAUUGAUUUACGCCGAGUCUGACGCUUUAUCAGGCUCACGAAAAAAAAGUUUGACCAAUCAUUUCACCGCCAGCUCACAACACGGCAGCCCAACUGUACUUUUGUUGGCUGGGAAGUUGGGGAAAGGGGGUAGAGUACAAAUCUAGAGCUGUCCUAUAAACAUCUCUGGGUAUAUUCCAAUUUUUAAUUUAUUUUUUGAUUUUUUUUGAAUGUUUUAAAAUUUUUUUUGAAUUUUUUUUAAAUUUUUUUGGGAGUUUUUUUGAAUUUUUUUUUAGAUUUUUAUUUUAUUUAUUUAAUUUUUUAAUUUAUUUUUCCUCCACCGAAGCGCGCCGUGUAUGAUGUCUGAGAAUGUCCAUUUCUGGCACCCUCAGCAAUUAUUAUGUCGACUCCAUCAUAAGUCAUGAAAGCGAAGAUCCGGCCAAAUUCCCGGCCGGGCAAUUCUCGGCUCCCAGAGCCGCUGCUCCCAGCGAACAUCUCGAAUUCCCCUCGUGCAGUUUCCAGCCGAAAUCUCCGGUUUUCAGCGCCUCCUGGAGCCCUCUGAGCGCGCACCCCGCGGGGUCUCUCCCCGUGUACCACCCGUACCUGCAGCCCCCGGGCCCCGCCGAGCCCCGGUACGUGCGGGGCUGGCUCGAACCCCGCGCUCCGCCCCAGCCCGGCCCGGUGAAAUCGGAACCAGCCCCGGGCAGAACCGGGGAUGCCCAAAAGAACCGCGAGUUCCAUCUGGAACCUUCUGCUGGAGGGGAAGGGAGCGCUGCCACUCCAAGGGGAGGCUUCGAGGACAAUAAAGUUUGUGAAGGAAGCGAAGACAAAGACGGGACAGAUCAAACCAACCCCGCGGCCAGCUGGCUGCACGCCCGCUCGUCCCGCAAGAAGCGCUGCCCGUACAGCAAAUUCCAAACGCUGGAGCUGGAGAAGGAAUUCCUGUUUAACAUGUACCUGACCCGGGACAGGCGGCACGAGGUGGCGCGGCUGCUCAACCUGAGCGAGAGACAGGUCAAGAUCUGGUUCCAGAACCGCCGCAUGAAGAUGAAGAAAAUGAACAAAGAGCAGGGCAAGGAGUGAGGGGGACAGGGGCGGCACCGCCAGACAGAAAUCCGAUUUUUUUCUCUUCAAAUCUGAUUUUUUCCUCCUCAAAUUCCGAAUUUUUCCUCCUCAAAUCCGAUUUUUCCAGCCCCAAAUCCACUUUUCUCCUCCUCAAAUUCCUCUUUUCCUCCUCAAAUCCGAUUUUUUCCUCCUCAAAUCCCUUUUUUCCUCUUCAAUUCCGCUUUUUUUCCGCCCCAAAUCCCUUUUUUCCUCCUCAAAUUCCUCUUUUUCCAGCCCCAAAUCCGCUUUUCUCCUCCUCAAACCCGCUUUUUCUCCCCAGAUCCUCUUUUUUCUCCUGAAAUCCCCUUUUUCCUCCUCAAAUCCUCUUUUUCCAGCCCCACAUCCACUUUUCUCCUCCUCAAAUUCCUCUUUUCCUCCUCAAAUCCUCUUUUCUCCUCCUCAAAUUCCGCUUUUUCCAUCCUCAAAUCCGCUUUUCCCGCCCCAAAUCCACCUUUUUUCCUCCUCAAAUCCUUUCUUUCUCUCCAAAUCCUCUUUUUUCUCCUGAAAUCCCCUUUUUUCCUCCUCAAAUCCGCCUUUCCCGCCCCAAAUCCGCUUUUUCCCUUCUCAAAUCUUUUUUUCCUCCUCAAAUCCCUUUUUUCCCUCUUCAAAUCCCCUUUUUCCUCCUCAAAUCCCCUUUUUCCUCCUCAAAUCCCCUUUUUCCUUCUCAAAUUCGCUUUUUUUCCUCCUCAAAUCCCCUUUUUCCUCCUCAAAUCCCCUUUUCCCCCUCUUUAAAUCUCUUUUUUCUCUCCUCAAAUCCUCUUUUCCCCCCCAAAUCUCUAUUUUUUCCUCCUCAAAUCCCCUUUUUUACCCCUCAAAUCUCCUUUUUCCCUCCCCAAAUCCGUUUUUUUCCUCCUCAAAUUCGCUUUU